UUGCAUUCACAAAGUAAGCUUUGUUUCCUUUAAGCCAUACAACAGUGCUUGUUAAAAAGCUUGAAGACUGGUGAUGGAAAAACUCCACCUUUGGAUAAUGUUUAUACUGCUGGCGUUUUGGACGAAGUUUAUGCUGGCGCAACCAGGAAAAUGUGAAGACAAAAAACCAAGUAGUUACUGCUUUAGGGCUGUAAAAAAUGGUUCGUGCAGAUAUAAGCACAUUCGGAAGGGCUGCCAAAGAUCUUGUUUGGUUUGCUGUGCUGAUCUUACAGCUGCAUGCAAGUCAAGGAAAUUCUUAUGCUUUCACUCUUACCUUAAAAUGAAAUUGAGGUACUUUUGCCCAGAGACAUGUGAAUAUUGUGGAAAAGCCUUUGCUCCUCCGCCGUGUUUGGACAGCAAAUAUGGUUGCUGUUGGGACAAAUCAACGCCCGCUUUGAGUCCGAUUGGUAGUGGCGAAGAUAGUUGCCCACCCUGCCAAGACAAACAGAGUUCAGCCUUCUGCAACCAUUUUAAAAUUGACUGUUUCGAUUUUCACCCGGCUCACAUUAAAGGAAAGCAGAUCAGAGGAUUCUGCCCAGAAACAUGCAGAGUGUGUGGAGACAAGCAAUUGUGCAUGGAUGAUCGUAGGCAGGCACACUUAUGCCCGCAAUACAAGGAUGAAGGUCUUUGUACAAAGAACACAAAACUCAUGAAACUCUGGUGUCCUUACACAUGCAAGUUUUGUAAACCGUGUACUGAUAAGUCUUCGAAUUGCAAAUAUCUAAAAAAGCAUCAUGCUUGUAAACGACUCUCCAAGCAAAUGCAAUUCUUGUGUCCUUAUACCUGCAAUUUUUGUUGAAAGAUACUGAUGCAAUCCAUGCAAGCUUGAUGAUGGAAGUGAGAGGCAAUUUAUGAUACUUUACGGAAACACUGGUUCAAGGUAGACAUGUUGAAGUAGAGUACUAGAAUUUUGCUCCAGCAAAAAACGAUUUUAAAAAGUGUACGACCGAGGGGCAAAUCACUCUUGAAAAUGGUGUACGAGAUAAAUAAUCACUAGUGAUUUAUUUGUGAUUAAAUCAAUUUUGUGUGUGAUUAAUUUGAUUUCACGUGAUAAAAGAACUUGAUUUUUUUUCAUUAAUUUUUUAUUCUUAAGAAAUUGAAUCAUAGAUUCAAAAGUGCUCUCAAAUAGCUUCAUGCUCAAUAAACGUCGUCCACGAUUUUGCAACAUACUAUAUGAAAUUGAAAAAGAAAAGUUAGCAGUUCAGCACAGGGGUGGAUCCAGAAAAAAAUUUGACCGUUGCAGAUUUGCAAACGAAAAAGGUGCAAAAAUUUAAUAACAUUAACAACUAAAAACAGGGAUAUCUUUUCUAAACAGCAGCAUAAGCAAAAUAUUAAAUCAGUAUUAUAGGUUGGUGACAGUAGCCUUAAGUGAAAAACAGUGAAAGGUUGUUGAUCACUCUGAAUGAGUCAUUAAGACAAAUGCAUGUGCUCUUUUCUGUGGGCCGUCAACUUUUUUCAUAAGAAUUUGAAUUUGCAUCAAAAGAGCUAUCUUUCCUAACAUUAGCAUUAGCAACAUGGAAGAAAAUAGCCUGGAAUGAAAAACAGUGAACAGAGUUGAACACCUUGUAAAAGUCGUUAAGGCAAAUGCAUGUGCUCUGUUCUGUGGGCCGUCUACUUUCGUCAUAAGAAUUUGAAUUUGCAUCAAAAGAGCUAUCUUUUCUGAACAAUAGCAUUAGCAACGUGGAUGCAAAUAGCCUAGAAUGAAAAAAACAGUGAACAGUUAUUAAACAGCUGGUGAAAGACAUUAAGACAAAUGCAUGUGCUCUGUUCUCUGCCCUCGCAAGUGAUGUCGCUAUUGGGAAAUUGAACUGUCAUUCCUGAAACUUUCACCGAUAUAAAAGAUUAAAAGUUCCAGAAAUAUGGGACUUGAUUAUCAAACUUUAUCUGUAGAAAUUAAAAAAAUCUGACAUAAACAUUUCCCAUAGAUGUAUCAGUUGCAACUGCGAAACCCGGAAAUGUCUGGAUCUGCCCCUGUUAUCAGGCAUGGUUUUCGGUCAGAUCAACUUCAGUGGCAUUUGGGCAACAGCAAUGUUUGUUUCAGUGACCCCGGCAUCAUAACGAGGCCUUUUUCUUCAAUAACAUAUCUGGAUAAAAGUUGGCAAGGAUUCCAAUAUUUGUUUUAA